GUAUCUCCAGACAGGACAAGUCUCUGAAGACUUCCCAGCCCCUAACCCAGUACCAUUUACCAAGCCAGCUUGCCCCUAGCUCUCCCACCUGCCACUCCCCAGCCCCUCUAACCACCGGCCCUCCCGUUUUUUUGGGGCACAGGGCAUGGUGUGAAAGGCUGAGUACUGAGGGGGAUACUAUGGGUGCUGUCCCCUAGGGCCUGGGUGGCGGGGGGUGGGUGGCCUGUGGGCGUGGGGGGGGGCAGUGUGCCCACCCCAGUCUCUUGGCGUGCUGGAGGGCAUCCCGGAUGGAAUUGAAGUGAAUGGAACAGAAGCCAAGCAAGGUGGAGUGUGGGUCAGACCCAGAGGAGAACAGUGCCAGGUCACCAGAUGGAAAGCGAAAAAGGAAGAACGGCCAAUGUCCCCUGAAAAGCAGCAUGUCAGGGUAUAUCCCUAGUUACCUGGACAAAGACGAGCAGUGUGUCGUGUGUGGGGACAAGGCCACCGGUUAUCACUACCGCUGUAUCACUUGUGAGGGCUGCAAGGGCUUCUUUCGCCGUACAAUCCAGAAGAACCUCCAUCCCACCUAUUCCUGCAAAUAUGACAGCUGCUGCGUCAUCGACAAGAUCACCCGGAAUCAGUGCCAGUUGUGCCGCUUCAAGAAGUGCAUCGCUGUGGGCAUGGCCAUGGACCUGGUUCUAGACGAUUCAAAGCGGGUGGCCAAACGCAAGCUGAUUGAGCAGAACCGGGAGAGGAGGCGAAAGGAGGAGAUGAUCCGCUCGCUGCAGCAACGACCAGAGCCCACUCCUGAAGAGUGGGAUCUGAUCCACGUUGCUACAGAGGCCCAUCGCAGCACCAAUGCCCAGGGCAGCCAUUGGAAACAGAGGCGAAAAUUCCUGCCGGAUGACAUUGGCCAGUCACCUAUUGUCUCCAUGCCGGACGGAGACAAGGUAGACCUAGAGGCCUUCAGCGAGUUUACCAAGAUCAUCACCCCGGCCAUCACCCGCGUGGUGGACUUUGCCAAAAAACUGCCCAUGUUCUCCGAGCUGCCUUGUGAAGACCAGAUCAUCCUCCUGAAGGGCUGCUGCAUGGAGAUCAUGUCCCUGCGGGCAGCUGUCCGCUAUGACCCUGAGAGCGACACCCUGACCCUGAGUGGGGAGAUGGCGGUUAAGCGGGAGCAGCUCAAGAAUGGUGGCUUGGGUGUAGUCUCCGACGCCAUCUUUGAACUGGGCAAGUCACUCUCUGCCUUUAACCUGGAUGAUACGGAAGUGGCUCUGCUGCAGGCUGUGCUGUUAAUGUCAACAGACCGCUCUGGCCUGCUGUGUGUGGACAAGAUCGAGAAGAGUCAGGAGGCCUACCUGCUGGCGUUUGAGCACUACGUCAACCACCGCAAACACAACAUUCCGCACUUCUGGCCCAAGCUGCUGAUGAAGGAGAGAGAAGUGCAGAGUUCGAUUCUGUACAAGGGGGCAGCGGCAGAAGGCCGGCCGGGCGGGUCACUGGGCGUCCACCCGGAAGGACAGCAGCUUCUCGGAAUGCAUGUUGUUCAGGGUCCGCAGGUCCGGCAGCUUGAGCAGCAGUUUGGUGAAGCGGGAAGUCUCCGAGGGCCGGUUCUUCAGCACCAGAGCCCGAAGAGCCCGCAGCAGCGUCUCCUGGAGCUGCUCCACCGAAGCGGAAUUCUCCAUUCCCGAGCGGUCUGUGGGGAAGACGACAGCAGUGAGGCAAGCUCCCUGAGCUCCUCUUCCUCUGACGAGGACACGGAGGUCUGCGAGGACCUGGCAGGCAAGGCAGCCUCUCCCUGAGGCCCCUUGGAGGGCGAUGGGGAAGGAGAAGGAGCAUGCUACUCCUUCUCCAGGGCCUCUGCCCUAGAGCUGGGCACGCCCACAUGCUGGGAGCAAGGCCACAGGCUGGCCGCCUCCCACUCAAGACCACCCUCCUACCCCUGAGCACGCCACACGUGGCCAAGCUCCCUUGUUAUUUGUUCUGUAGUUCCCUCUGCCUGGGAUGCCCUUCCCCCUCUCUAUGCCUGGCAAUACCUUGUCCCUUUGAGGCCCCACUCAAGUGUCACCUCCUUCCCCAGCUCUCCCAGGCAGAAAUAGUUGUCUGUGCUUACGUGGUUCAUGCUUCUUCUGUGACACUUCUCGCUGUUUUAUAAUUAGUCGGGCAUGAGUCUGUUUCCCAAGCUAGACUGUGUCUGAAUCAUGUCUGUAGCCCAGUGCCCAGUGCCGGGCCUGGCAUAGAGUAGGAACUCCAUAAAAGGUAUGUUGAAUUGAA